AGUCUUUAUUUUGGAAGGAAGAGAUGGAGCUGACCCUGGUCGGCCUCCAGUAUUCGGGAAAAACGACGUUCGUCAACGUAAUUGCCUCUGACGAAACCCUAAUUGGAGUGAUGGUUGAUGAGAUGAAGAGGCUGCUGAGGAAGCUGAUGUCCAAAUUUGUGCAAAUGGAUGUGAUCAGGAAAGCUGGGGAUAUCCUUAAUGUUGAUUACAGGAACAAGGAGAACUGGCAUGACACAGGCAACAUAGCAGUAUCACAUGAUGCCAGACAAUACAUGGAGCAAGUUGAAGACUAUCUCUGAUGCCACCAAAAAGAGGUUCUUUGACAGUGUAGUUAAUUUUUACACAAGUGUUGUGACCAAAAUGAACUUGGAAAAAAAAUGGUUGCAUUUUGUCUUAGCGAUUGUCG